GCGGCACACGGCGGCACACUGCCGCCGUCGAGGUUGGCAACCCUGCCGCCCCGGGUGUCGCGAUGAGUACAGGUUGCCACCCGCGGCACUCAUUUACCGCACGUGGGCCUCUAAUAAUUUAUCGAGCCCCGAGACCCCUUACAGCAAACGGGCCUGAGGGCCCACUAGAGUCAAACUGUCAGUGAAGUAUCGAGUUGAGAGUUUUCUGAGGUUCGGCCCGGGCCGGCGAGGGUGACAGUCAAUCGAAUGAGGGCGAGGGCGAGGCGAGGGCGGCGCGCUGUCCGUGUCCGUGCGGUCUGUGGCUCGCCACCGUCAUCGCGCGCUCAAAUUCGAAAUUGGACACGCGUCGAAAUGUGAGCGGGUUGGUCGCAAGCGUGCGGCUCAGGGCCUCUUCCAGUCUUAGCUGGGAGACAUGAGGUCGGGUCCGGUGGUGCUGGCGCUCCUCGUAGUCAUGACCAUCGUCAUAGUCGAAGCCCCGCCGCCCGUGCCGCAGGCCCCCAGCCCCAACCCGCAGCAGGUCGCCAACCUGGUGAUGGACUUCGUGUCCGCGUACAUGACCGACAGCCGGCUGCUGACGGUGGUGGGUGACGCGCCGUGGCUGCCCGCGCUGCUGCGCCAGAUGAGCGCCGCCCUCUCCUCCAUGCCCCCCGUGCGGCUCCUGCGCGUCGGCGGGCGCGACAACCCCCAGGCCGACGACUCCGAGGAAGACGAGGGCGAAGGCGCCCCGGAGUUCGUGGGCUGGAUGGCGGCCCACAUCCUGGUGAUCGUGGACCGGCCCACGUUCACGGACGUCAUCGACGGGUUGAAGUGGCUCUCGCCGCCGUCGCAGCACCACCCCGUGCUGCUCCUCAUGCUUGCCGAGCACACGGCGAGGCUCAGCAACAGCGAGGCGCAGCAGAUGCUGAUGGCGGGGGUGAUUGAGGGGCACUGGCACACCGCCAUCCUGGAGCUGUCCGGUGUCGUGGUGGGCUUCAUCCCGUACCGCGGCGGCUGCGCGGUGAUUGCGCCGACACAGCUCGCGUCCUGGCGGCAGGGCCGCGGCCUCGGCCGAGGCUUCCCCGCGGGGCCCAUCUUCGUCGACCUCAAGCGGGUCACGCUCCAGGGCUGCCCGCUGCUCACGUCCUUCUUCGAGAUGCCGCCCAACGUCAAGGUGCUCCGCGACAACGGCACGUUGCGCAUCGUCGGCUUCACCGGCCAGGUCAUGGACGCCAUGGCCGCCGUGCUCAACACCUCCUUCAUCUUGCACGUGGGCAAGAGCGGCUUCGGGAAGUUCCGGGGCGUCAUGCUUCCCGGGCAGCUCGGCGAGACGGCCAGGGGCAGCACGGACGUGACGGUGGGGCCGAUCACGGGCCUGGCGGAGCGCACCGCCGUGCUGGAGUGGACCAACAUGCCGCUGACGGAGUGCUACGCCUGGUACGUGCCCUACGACAUCGGAUACCCGGAGCGCGCCGGGCUGUACGGGGUCAUCAACAGCUUCACGUGGCACAUGUGGGCGCUGCUGGCGGUCGCCGUCGUCUGCACCGCGUUCACCAUCGAGGUGCUCGUCGGUCUGCUCGUCGGUCCGGGACGAGGCGUGACGCUGGGCCGCGUGUCGUGGGCCGCGGCCUGCGUGCUGGUGACGCAGACACCCGCCCUGCGCCUGCCCGCCGCCUCCUUCCCCGCCAGGAUGGUGUUCGGGGCGUGGCUGCUGACCGGGCUCGUCGUCAGCGCGGCCUAUCAGGCUAAGCUGUGGAGCAUCAUGUCGCGAGACGACCGCGUCGGCCUCCGGACGCUGCAGGAACUCGUGGACACGGGGCUGCCCGUCGAACUGCCGACGCUCAUCGCCGACGACCUAGUCUUCUUGGCCAAGUCCAACGACACGUUCCAGACGCUCUUGAGUCGCGCCACCUUCCAGAUGAGCCUUCCGGACACCAUCCGGGAGAACCUCGACGGCAUCGAGAAGAUCAUCCUCCAGGACGAGAGCCUCGCCGUCUACGUGGCGUCGCUGCGCCACCCAGACGGCACGCUGCCCGCCAUGUACCGCGUGCCGGGCUGCUUCACGAGCUACAUCGGCAACUACUUCGCCGUCCGGAAGGGCUCCCCGCUGCUGGGCCGCCUGGACACGGUGUGGAAGCGCCUGUACCAAGCCGGCAUCCUCCGGUUCCUGCUCAAGGACAACGAGCGCCUCGUCAAGGCCAUGUCAGCCAAGCCGAUCCGGACCAAGGGUCGCAAGCUCGGCGUCCACGACCUGCAGGGCUGCUUCCUGGUGCUGGCCGGCGGCCUGACCCUGGCGCUGAGCGCGUUCCUGGCCGAGCACGUCGCCGUCAACUUCGUGCCGCUGCGUACCUGCCCGAGGAAAUUGAGGACCCUGCGACGAGGGCGAGCCCAAGGGCGAGCCCAAGGGCGAGCCCGCAGGCCGCACUGGCUGUUCAAAUUCAAGCGUCGGUGGGGCGCAGCCACGGCCGAAAGGAACAGAUUUUUUAAUAAACUUCAAGAAAAAUAAUUAUUCCAUCUGCCUGACAUUUAUUUUAAUCAA